AUGACCGUUUCAGAGUCGACAUUUCUGGACGAAAUUGUGACAGUACCAACCCUAUUGAAGAUUAUCGAUACGAUUACAAAGGAGGACUUUGUUGGUUGGCAGAUUGCAAGCCAUACGGACCAUGGCUUGCUUUGCCGUGAGCUCCAGCUUAGGACAAUUAUUUGUGGAUUGAGGCUCUUGAGACUUCAUGGCCUGAAAACCCUUGACGGGGAGUUACUAGAUAACCUGACAAAGAAGUUGCCAUCUGCCGCGGACCCGAACAGGAGGAAGGAUGUCGAUGCGGCUGGUGAGGUCGAUGUGUAUAACUGGAACAUCGAUUUCUUGCUUGUUUAUAUCCGGAAUUUCCUUUCGAGCCUUCCCGAAAGUCGGACAGCGAAUGCUGCCAUCGUCAGCAAGAUCAUAACAAGCGCCUCAGGCCUAGCGGACGACCAAGCCGAAGUCAUUCCUUUGAAGAUUCUCAGUAAAUCAAGAGAAUUGUUAAGCCAACCAGACAUCUCAGACUCAUCUCAGACAAAUUGGCAUAAGAUAUAUAUAGAUUUGGACGACCUCAGCUGGAGCUUGGUAGAAUGGCACAAACGAGCCAAACUUUCGCAGGAUAUAGUACCCGAUGCACAGGAACACAACUUGCACCUGAUACAAGAGAUCGAGGAGCUUGUAGUGGAGCAGCUCGAGUUAGUAAUGGAUAGACAACUGUCACUCCUCGAACAAGCGGAAAGCGAAGAUACAGAUGCCCCGGAAGGCAAAGAUCCAGAAACCGUCAAGAAAUGCUCCGAUGACGCUCAACAUCUUGCAUAUUCAUCUCUCGACCUCCUCCAGCAACUGGUAAUAGGAGCUCUAGGAGAUGGCUCAUUAAAACGAGCCCGCGAGAUUUCGAUGCAUGUUGUAAAGUCGACGACCAAGAGCAGUCUCCGGUGCAAAGCUUUCGACAUCCUCUCCAUAUUAAUGCAAAAGGGCGUUCUUUCUUUGAUCCAACUUGAUGCAGAGCUUAAAGGCUGGGACGUGGACAGCAGCUUCUAUUUAAUGGUUUUGGAACAACGGGAUAGAUCACAGUCUGCCAUGUUGACCAAGCGAAGACUUGACGAGCAAAGCGAGGUACAAACGGACCAGAGCAUAUUCAAACUUCCUGACAAAGAGCUCGAUAAUCCAUAUCAAGAACCUGAGCCGGAAUCUGCAUCACAGGUUGCUACCUUGAGCUUUAGGUCGCGGCCGAACGUAUCAGUCCCCCUGCUUGCCGACUUGGAUGAGUGGCGGACCUUCCUAUCUGAGAUUGAGUUGGAGCUAGAGUGUGAAGGCAGAAAAGAUGGUAAACCUUCGGAUGAUCUUGGAAUCAUGACAUGUGGCUGCGUGAUGUCGGAGAAAUUUGCCCGAUUCGAGUUGCAACGCAGUAUUUGCCCUCGCUGCCAUAGAGUGACGGAAUGGAAACACCCUGACGACAAGCUAAGACGCAUAGCAAAGGUUGUUGCUGGCAAGCGAAUGGAAAUGGGGGUUGUCCUUAACACGAAUCACCGAUUUAGUGUUGUGAUAUCCUCGCCGGGUGGACCGGAUGAGUUUGAAGAUGGAGCUUCGAGUGAGAUCGGAGGAUCCACUGCCCCGUCAGAAAUUGAGGAGGCUAUGACAGUAGGAGCGGGGGCGGGUGGAUUCCCCAAGGAGGUUUCUUGGGAUAGUCCCUCUAUCAAAUACACGCCAUCCAUUUUUAAAACCCUAUUUGGUGAUGUUCGACCACGGACUGCUCAGCGUAAUUCUGGAAACGAUUCCGACGGGUCUAGAAGUACAUCGCGAAACGCCUCUAUCACUGAUACUGCAAGUGAAGAGAACCUGGCUGUCCCGGCGCUGCUCUCAGGAUCGCUUCCAACCCGUUCAAUGGGUGGCCGUAUGGGCCCCAACACGAUGUCCCCGUUGGUGCCUGUAUCGACAACGAAGCAAAUCAUCGGGAUGGGGGCGGGGGUAAUGCAACGAAGACCAAGCGGUUCUGACCGAUUCUCCGACCGAUCUGGCCCGCCUUCCGCGAACGGUGGAGCAUACACCGAGCCUACACCUAGAUCACCCGGCAGGCCCUUAGGAAGUAAUACUCCAUACAUACCCAGAAAAUUCCAAAGGCCGGCUCCGCUAAAUACAGAUGUAUCGUCAGGUGGUAUUUACGGCUCAUAUCCACGAUCUGGGACCUUUCCCACAUCGCCCAUAGGCGCUCCCUUAACGCAAACCUCGUCUGUAAGCUCGAGACACCGAACACCAAGCCUUCCGGUUGACACUUCGAGGGUGAAACCGAUGGGUUCUGUGCGGAUGCAUUCGCCAAGUACUGCUCAUCCGGAAGCCGAAGAUGAGGCUGGUCCAUCAGAUUACCAUGCUCCGAGGAAUAAUGAUAGGAUCGCCAACUGGAUCGAUCGAAACCAAGAAGUCCCACAAGAGAACACAGUAAUCCGGCCACCUUUGAGUCAACAGGAGGAGCGUAGACACAACAAAUUCAUUAAGAACUUCCCAUUCUAUAAAGCCGAAUACGUUCACCACAUUCCAACCGGGGGUCGGCUACGUUUUGCAGAUAUUGUGGCCACGGCGAUUUCCCCCAGUUGUACGAAGUUCGUUCUUCUAGAACGGAAGAAGUUCAAAGUAUUUUCGAUACUAUCAAGCGAGAGGACACCUGAAUUGCUCUGUGCUGGGAAAUGCACCGGGGAGUAUGGUCCGUUUUCAAACCAAUACGGUCUUGUCUCCGCCGAAGACCGAGUCAUGAGCAAGCAAAAACGAUUCGAAUAUCUUUUCGCGGCUUGUAGCGACCAAUUACUUGCCAUUGCUGGGACAAAUGGCACGCUGAAAGUUCAUGAUUUGAGGGAAGACGGUCGGACAGUCUACACUUAUAUAUCCGAAUCAUCUGAUAUUAAGUGCAUGGCGAUGUCCGGGGACGGCUCUACGAUUGCACUUGGAGUAGUCAAUAUGGAACAUGGUAAAAAUCAAACCAUGAUUGUUCUCCACCACCUUGACACAGCGCCAGAAACUGGAAACGGCGGAGUAGGUUUAACAAAGAUUAUUGUCCCAUACACGGACACAACGGGAACGCUCUCCUUCUCCGACGAUGGCGUUUACCUCGCUUGCAGUACCCUCCGAGAACCUCGAUUCUUAGUUUAUGAUCUCGCUGCCCAACCUCCAAAGCUUGUUAUGAAAUCAUCUCGAAAGCUCGAUAUUUCGCAUGAUGCUGAGGGAAUUACAUCCGUUAAAUUCUUUCCGGGGAACCGACUCAUGUGCGUUACUAGUGUUGCUACUGGUGCUAUUCCCAUUGUGGUGGAUAAUUGCAUUGGCCUCCUGGAUUCGGCAGGCCGUCAGGAACCUGUCCGCCUUGUUACCAGACUCAACUCCGUGGGAGAUAAAGUACACGGGUGUUGCACAUCCCCAACUGGAGAAUCUCUCGCGGCGGUCGACCGUUCCGGCAACGUAUUGAUUCUAUAUUUCCCCUUGGGGCUAUUGAAUGAUGAAGGAAGAAGACCGAGGUGUCUGAAGGUGGCGAAGGUGCAGGGUGCGAUCAAGAUGACAGAAGCGGCGUCAAUGUCGUUUUCCCCGGACGGGUAUCGACUGAUUAUUGUGGAUCGAAAAGGCGAUAUCACAAUAAUUGACUUUGCGGAGCUGGAUGAUGGAAAGCUCAGUAAGACUACUGCUUGGGAGUAG